AUGCACUUUGCCAGCAACACCCAGCCCACCCUGACGCCGCUCGGCGUCCGGCUCAUCAACGUGUCGCGCCACAAGCUGUCGUCGCUCGAGCCUGCCGUUGGCGGUCGUGACAGCAACGACCUCCUGCGCCGUGGCGUCCUCGUCCGUGAGGCUCUCCGCUCCGCUUGGGCUACGCUCGACACCCCUGCUCCUGCUUCGGAGCUGACUGACUGGCGCGCCCCCGACGCUCUCGGUCUCUCUGUUCUCUCCGAGGAGGAUGAGGAGGAGGCCGAGGAGCGCUGGCUCGACGACGUUCUCAGCGACAUGGAGGACGACUCUUCCGACUCGUCUUCCGACUGGGCUGAGACCACUGUUGGCAUGCCCGACGCCGACGAGGACGACAUGAUGUGCUGCGAGUUUGAGAUCUCCCACAUCGAGUCCGUCGAGCUUGACGAGAACUACGACGAGCUCGUUUAUGACGACCUCGCUUCCGUUGUCGUCCACGUCGCUGCUGUCUGUGACGACGAUGACGAGGAGGAGGACGAGGACGACGCUGUUGUCGCGACCGCCUGGCUCGAGCUUCCUCGCAAGCACUCGCCUGCCGUCGUGUACAGUGACGACGUCGCCUCCAAGUCCGCCGACUCUCACCGUCUGCAUCAGGCACUAUCCCAACUCGCCUCCACAGGCACCGAACCGAGGGCCGACUUCAUCGAGGCAGACGUCGAGGAACUCGAGGAGCUUCCCGCGUUACAGCGAUGCUCUGCAGAGGACGACGAAGACGACGACGACGACUGCUGCCGCACGCCCCCAUUGCUUUCGUGCGAGGAUCUGGAGGAGAUUGCAGAAGACACCCUGUGGCAGGAACGCAGGGGAGUCGAUACAGUCGACCCUCUCGAACCCGAAGAAGCAUCACACGCCAAGACACCCGAGAAGAAAGAGGGCUGGCGGAUACAUCACGCUCCCUCACCCGUUGCUCUGCUCCUGCCACCCUAG